AAGAAAUGGUCAGAUUACGAACAAGAACUAUGGGAAGUUGGUACACAAGGAUCGCAAGAAUCCGCACAUUCGAGAGCUUCGGAUCGUUCACAUCGAAGUAGUAGAUCUGCUAAAAAAGCUGGAUCCGCUGCUGGAUCCGUUGCCGGUGAUUAUUACGAUGAACGUGGUAGAAGAGGUCGCUCUCGAUCACCUGCACCUCCGUUUGCCAGUAAUGAUCCAAGAAUGUCUCGUAAUUAUUCUACUGAAAUGAGUCAAAGAGGAUCCGUGUAUGGUAUCGGGCGUGGUGUUGAAUAUGAUGUUUAUGGAGCUGUUACAACACUUGGGUCGAGGCCUGUUAGUAUGGUAGAAGGUGGACAAGGUUCCGACUUUCCCUCAGAUGAAGAAAUUCUUCAAGAAAUUCGAAAUAUAUUAUCAACAGCUAACCUAAUGUCAAUUACAAAGAAGCAAGUUCGUGAUGACUUAUCUCAAUACUUUGGCAUGGAUAUGAGUUUAAAGAAGGAUACAAAUUGGUUAACAUUUAUUAAAGAACUUUAUAAAUAUCUUGAAGAAAUAGAUAUUUCAAGUUUUCUUUCUCAAUGGAAUUCACUUAAAACAUGUUAUCCAGCUGCAUCAACUUAUUUAUCACGAAUGAAAAAGACAAAAGAAAAAUGGGCUGCAUGUUAUAAUCAUGUUUUUAUUGCAGAUAUGACUACAACUCAACAUGAAGAAUCUAUGAAUAAUAUGAUGAAAGGCUAUUUAGAUGCAAAUUAUCAAUAUAUGCUUACUCAAUUAUUACAAAAAAUACAACAAUUUGUAACGCAAAAUCCUAUAUCGACUAUAACUUUUUAUACUUCUUUUAAUGAAGUAUUUAUUUCUAAAAUUGAAAAAGAAACACAAACACAAUCCAAUAAUUCAAAUAUUAUACCAAUAGUAAAAAAUCCAUUAAUCAUUCAAUCUAUAAUUGAUUUAGAUAAUUAUGAAUCUACUUAUAUAGUACAAAAUACAGUAACACAACCAUUAAAUGAAAUUCAAAAUUUAUCUUCUUCACCUACUAUUCAAUCUUUACAGUUUUUUGAAUCUAAUAUUUUUUCUAAUGAAUCAAACUUAGUUUCUAAAACUGCUAUUAGACUUAUUAUAGAGGAUUAUAAAGACAUUUCUUUAAAUGAUGCAAAAGAAAUAAUGAUUGAUAGUGUUGAUUUUGGUUUAUAUGUUCAUAAUGAUAAUUGUGAAAAUUAA